AUGUCGGGCUGGGACGACGGCCCUACCCAGGUUGAGAGCGGCAAUGCCAUUGGCCAUGGUGGAGGCUAUGGGUACGACGAUCAAAAUGGUCCACCUCGGGACGACAAAUGUUUCUCCUGUGGAGAGGAAGGUCAUCGAAAGUUCGACUGCCCAAAUGCCGCGCCAAUGACAUGCAGAUAUUGCAAGGAGCCGGGACAUAUGGCCAAAGAAUGCCCAACAAAGCCGCCCAUGAGCUGUGACAACUGCGGCGAAGAAGGGCACUUGCGUAAGGAUUGUACCAAUGCAAGGAAGAUCGACCGCAGCGGCGUCGCCGACAUGGCUGCUGAGCUUGCUUGGGACAUGAUCAAACGUGCAGCGGCUGAGCAAGAUGCCAACGAUGCGAAGGAAGGCAUUCAGGCAUAUGUGAAGGCCCUGAAUGGCGGGAUCACAUUCCGCGAGCUCCAAGAGGCGUUUAUUCACGACAAGAUCAAUAUAUGGCUCAUUGCCACGGAGAGAUCGUUGAUCGAGAUUUUCACCAACAUGGAUCUGCAAGGCAACAUGGGUAAGAAGUAUACAGUCACGUACAGGUUUUCGGAGAAGCCCCAGCGGCCCCGAGACAUUGAGGGCUGGCCGAAAAGCGUCGAUGAGAUUCUGGCCCGCCUGGACGACGCAGGUGAUGUCGUCGAUACUGGAAAGCCCAAAUGUACCAACUGUGACGAGCUUGGCCACAUAGCCAAGCAGUGCACGCAAGAGAAGGUUGUCCGUGAAGCAAAGGGACUUUCUUGCUAUAACUGCGGCGCGGAUGGCCAUAGAAUCCGAGAUUGCACCGAGCCUCGAAAGGAUCGCUUUGCAUGCAGAAACUGCGGCAAAUCUGGCCACAAGUCUGUCGACUGCGAGGAAGAGCCGAACCUUGACAACGUUACGUGCCGCAAGUGUGAAGAGACUGGGCACUUUGCAAAGGACUGCCCAAAGGGCGGCGGCCGUGGCUGCAGAAACUGCGGCCAAGAAGGUCACUUUGCGGCCGAUUGUGACCAGCCUCCAAAUCUAGACAAUGUGCAGUGCCGCAAUUGUGAGAAGACGGGCCACUUCAGCCGCGACUGCCCCGAGCCGAAAGACUGGUCUAAAGUCAAGUGCUCUAACUGCCAGGAGUUUGGACAUACCAAGGUUCGGUGCAAACAGCCGCCAGCUGAGCAAUCUGAAAAUGACUCUGGCGGCCAUUUCGAUGGCAACACAGGCGACUCGGGAGGGGGUGGAUGGGACAAUGGUGGUGGACAGCCAAAGGACAAUGGCGGUGAUGGGAGUUGGGACAAUGGUGGUAAUCAAUCGCAGAACUAUGGCGGCAGCGCCGCCGACGCCUGGUAG